AGGAUCGUUGCCAAAUUCAACAUUCUCACACAAGCCAAAACUACAAUCUCUCUCACACACUCUCUCAAACACAGAGCUAUCAUUUCAUCUUCCACCUGAGGAUCGCUGUAACUUGCCGGACUCUGGUGCUUUCGUGGAGUUUUGGGAGCCCUAUUCAAUAUAAAUAUAUCUUCUACAUUCAUUUCUAAGUUUUGUUAGCUCGUAAAUUUUAAAUUUCUGGGCUCCUAAAACUCCAUCCUUUUACUUCUUUUUAAGAUAUGGGAGAAAUGUCGAGCUUUCAGUUAGGUGUUAUUGGUGCACUGUUUCUUUCAGUGGCAUCAUCCGUCUCUAUUGUCAUUUGUAACAAAGCUUUGAUGAGCAAUCUCGGCUUCCCCUUUGCAACGACGUUGACCAGUUGGCAUCUGAUGGUAACAUUCUGCUCUCUUCAUGCUGCACAACGAUUUCACCUCUUUGAAAACAAGUCGGUUGACAUGAAGACUGUCAUGCUCUUUGGCAUUCUUAAUGGCAUUUCUAUUGGACUUCUUAACUUGAGCCUUGGAUUCAACUCUGUUGGAUUCUAUCAGAUGACCAAACUUGCAAUUAUACCAUUCACUGUGUUACUGGAAACAAUCUUCCUGAAAAAACAAUUCAGCCAGCAGAUAAAAAUGUCCCUCUUGGUCUUACUGCUUGGGGUUGGCAUUGCCUCUGUGACCGAUCUCCAGCUCAAUAUGGUCGGCACAAUCAUCUCUCUGCUCGCCAUUGCAACCACCUGUGUUGGUCAAAUUCUUACUAACACAAUCCAAAAGAGGUUGAAUGUCUCAUCCACACAGCUGCUCUAUCAGUCAGCUCCAUUUCAAGCAGCUGUUCUUUUUGUCUCGGGCCCUUUAGUCGAUCAGCUCCUCACCAAACAAAACGUCUUCGCUUUCAAAUAUUCUCCAAUAGUUUUGGCAUUCAUCAUCCUUUCAUGCAUUAUAUCAGUUUCUGUGAACUUCAGCACAUUUCUGGUUAUUGGCAAGACCUCCCCAGUUACAUAUCAAGUUCUUGGACACCUCAAGACCUGCCUUGUUCUUGGCUUUGGCUAUACACUUUUACAUGAUCCAUUCACAGAGAGGAACAUCAUUGGAAUUUUAGUUGCCAUUUUUGGUAUGGGAUUGUAUUCAUAUUUCUGCACUCAAGAGAACAAAAAGAAACAAUCUGGCGAUUCAUUGGCGUCUCAGAUGAAAGAUCAUAAUGAGACAACAGCACUCUUGGGUCAUCAAGAAAAAGAAGGUCAUGAAGUUAAAAAAGCAGCCAAGAAUUCUGUCGUUUGAGUGGUUAAGAUUUUCAUGUAUUAGCAAUGGCUUCUUUUCCUUGAUUACACCUUGGUUGAGUGUAAAUGAUUUUAUUCUUUAAAUAACUAAUUAAACUCCCUUUUUUUGUU